UCCCCAUUUCCCAUCUUUUCUUUCGUUUUUCCCUUUUCCUUUUUAUUUUCCUUUUUCCUUUUUUUUUCUUUUUUUUUCUUUUUUUCUUUUAAAUAUUCGAGGACACCAAAUCGCGUGUGUUGGUUCAAUGUGAGACUUCGUUCGAAGUUAGAAUGCCAUGGUUUGUGUGAUUCUUUGAGGAAAGAUCAAGUGGUGAGGAAAAGAGGGAAGACGAAGAAGAACAAAGAAUAAUAAGAGGAAAAGAAGAGGUAGGAAGAUAGCACGGAGGAGAAAAUGCCGAGGGCUUUCCUGAUCACUCAUCGCCGAUACAAUGGCGUCGAGGAGGAGUUUGAUACUUCCGCUGGAGGUCAAAGUCCUGAACGAGGUGUUAGGCUAGCCGAAUAUGGUAGUGCUCAGCCUACUUCCGAUGGUGCUAGCGAAUGCGGCAGCGAGACCUCCUCGGAAUGUCCGGAAGAAUUGUACAAUCUUACGAAACUUGCGGAAGUAAGCCUUGCUGCAGCAGCCGGUACCUUAAUUCAUCCUAACAAUUUGAUCUAUCAACGAUCAAGUUCACCGAGAUGUACCGAUCCUACGGAAAAAUGUAGCAGAGCAGUUGUGCCCAGAACGAAGGAUCAUCAUCAUCAUCAUCAUCAUCAUCUUCACCAACAGCAACGUCUUCAGGAACGGCGAAAUACCUAUGAAGAAGAACAAAGUUUGGAAAGGACGAGAUUCUUCUUCGAGAGUAUCGAAAAUGAACGAGAGAUGCUUGGGAUUAAAAGAUUAUCACCUCCACAUCAUCGUCAUCAUCACAGAAAUCAUCAUCAUCAUCAGACAAAUCAUCCCCGAGAAGAAACUCCCUUCGUGACGGAAAACAAAAUUGAACCACCUCCAAAGGCAACUAAUGUCAGCGAACCACCAAAUCCUACCGCUCAACAAGCUCGUAGAACUAUUCAGAGUAAUUUAGAAAAUACAAAAAGCGAGGACAACGAGGAUCACGAAUGUCCCGAUUGUGGAAAAAAAUAUUCUACGUCCUCCAAUCUGGCCAGACAUAGGCAAACACAUAGAUCGCUCGGUGAUAAGAAGGCCAGGAGGUGUCCACAUUGUGACAAGGUUUAUGUAAGCAUGCCUGCCUUCAGUAUGCACGUUAGGACUCAUAAUCAGGGCUGCAAGUGUCACUAUUGUGGCAAGUGCUUUUCCAGGCCAUGGUUGCUUCAAGGACAUAUACGCACGCACACAGGUGAGAAACCGUUCAAGUGUACGAUUUGUAACAAAGCUUUCGCCGACAAGUCGAAUCUCCGUGCACAUAUCCAAACACAUUCGAACACUAAACCGCACGUGUGUGCUCGAUGUGGCAAGGCAUUUGCUUUAAAGUCUUAUCUUUAUAAACACGAGGAAUCGUCCUGUAUGCGAGCGCAUCAUCGCUCCUCCAUGGAGAAGAACGAAUCGAGCGAACGAAAGACAACGUCUAACUCAUCGAUAACAUCCGGUAGAACGAACGAACCUGUCUCAACGGCUUUGGAUGCUUUGAACGACUUGCAGACUACGACAACGACGGCAAUGGCCACGACGAGUACAACGACAACGUCUUCCUGUAUGACAGCUUCACCAACCAGCGUGAUCGUUCCACGUUUAGGUCUUCAACAUGAUCAAACCUGUCCACCAUCAGCAUUUUCAGCUAUCAUCAAACACACUGGUGCUACCGAGAAUGUUACUCCACCACCAGCUAAGCGUCCUUUCAAAGAACUUGAUGGGAAGUCGCAAGAGAUUAAAACCACUGAGAUCGUUUCCAGCAUGGUCAUUAGAACCUCGGUGAUAUCACCCAAUCCAGAACACUUGGGUCGAUUCAAUGAAGCUAAAAAACCUUCUAAUACCUUUGAUUAUUCCGAGUCAACGAGAACUUCGGCUUUCUCGAGACCCACAACGAUGACACUCAAUUUGGCGAUCGCGUGAAACAACGAAAAAAAAUUUCGAUCUUAUCGACUAGUUUCUUUUUAUUAGUCUCCUAUUUUAUUUCCUUUUGUUUUUAUAGAACGAAAUUGUGUAAUCGAGGUGAGAUCAAUUUUACUUUGUUUCGAUGCCAAAGGUGUGUCGAUUUCCGACACGUGAUGACGAAGUGCCGAAUUUAAAUAAUGAUCAACGUCCAUUACGUGAACGGGUAUUGUCUAAAGUAUCUUCCUAAUUAGGGACCAUGUAGAGAAUAGUUGUAAUUAAUAUUAACGUUCUAAGACAUCAAACGCAUUAUAUCUUUAAAAUGACGUUCCCAGGGUUCUUUUGAUUGAUCGUAACAUAAGGACAUCUUUUUUUUUAUUUUAUUAUAUUUCAUUAUCAACGGCUGAAUGACCGUCCAAAUUUCUAUGCUAUUUGACGAAUUUUCCAAAACAAGGGACGUCAUCUUUUUAUUACAAAUCUUAAUUGAAUUACAGUGACAUUGAUAUAAUUAUUUUAUAAUUAGAUUCAACAAUAGAAUCUCUUCACGUGCUCUUCAAGGCAGCUAAAAAAGGUGCCUCGCGGAUUGUAUAUAAUCAUACGAGCGUACCUAGUUACACGAAGAACAUUAACGAAAUCAUAGUGAUAUUAGAUCUGUACAGUAGAAUUUACGAAUUGUGUUUAAUUAAGGUAGUACGAUCGAUUUUAAUAUUUCAUAAAUUCGAGUAAAAAAUUUCUCGGUUUAGAUUUAGUCCAACUAAAAUAAUUAAUUUAAAAAAUAUUUUCUUUGUCAAGUUCGUAUAAGAAAUCGUGAAAGUAAUCGUAAAAUGUUUAAAUGGAUUUAAGACGAUACUAAUUAUCGUAAAAUUACUUAUAUCUCUAAUGUAUUCUAUCUGUGAUUGAAAAAAUUUUAAUGAUAAAUCUUAUAUGUUGUAUGUAUGUACGAUGUAGGUUGCAGUAUAUAUGAUAAUUAAGAAUUUUUCUUCAUUUGUGUUUUAUCCUUUACCGAUUGUCGGUAAGGAUCAGAGUGUGAACUAGUCGAGUCCGUUUUGCUACAACGAGCGCGUAACCCUUCGCAUCGAAGCGACUCGUUAUGUUAUUCUUGCGAGUCUUGUUCAUUCUCUGUUCUAAGAAUUAACUUUCCAUCGAACGAUGAGAUAUUGAAAAAUAUAAAUGAACAUUAUCGUAGCUCGAUAAAGUAGGAAUUGCCACGAGUGAAGUGGUUACCACGAGAACUCGAGUGGCAACGGUUAUUAAUAUACGAAAGAAUAUAAUAUUAUUAGUAUUUACUCAAAAACAAAAUUAUUGUAAGAUAGCUUUAUAUCUCGUUAGAUCAGUAAAAGGAUCAAUGAUAUUAUGUAAUAUCCUAAUUACUGAUCAAAUUCGAGUAUUUACAUCUUUUCUUUCUCUUUCUUUCUUUCUUUUAACAUUACCGUAGUAAUCAUUUUACUCGAACAUUGUAAAUAGCAUUCCCAAUUUUGUCGUAUUUAGAAAUUAGAUGAACGUGAUGCGUAGUCAUAUUAUUAAAGACAGUUUGAUACGCUGUUUAUUGUAAAUAAUUGUAUGUGCCAUUUGUAGUAUCGGAGUGCCUUAUGUGAAUAUUUUACUCACUUUUUGUACGAAUUGUGAAACUAUUUGUCCAUCGCAACAAGAAAUAUAUAUAUAUAUAUAAAUAUAUACAUAUAUAUCUAUUAUCGUGUA